AUCUGCUCAUACAAACAAACUAGCAACAGAUUAGGUCGACAGCCCGAGCCCGAAGACAGUCAUGCGAAGAAAAAAACUUUUCUAAACUGUUUGUGGGACUUUUGGCGUCUCUCAUUUGUUGGACGAAAGCAACAGAGUUAGCAUUAGUGGAACAGCUGUGGUUAUAAGAUGAAUUUCUCUGAAGUCUUCAAGCAAUCCAACCAACUUUGUAAAGUCUCCCCAGAUGGGAAAUAUUUGGCUACUUGUGUACAGUACAGGCUGGUGGUACGAGAUGUGAGCACCCUGCAGAUCCUGCAGCUCUACACCUGCUUGGACCAGAUAUCCCACAUGGACUGGGCUUCUGACUCUCUGUUUAUCCUCUGUGCUAUGUACAAGAGAGGACUGGUGCAGGUGUGGUCUCUCGAACAGCCAGACUGGCACUGUAAGAUUGAUGAGGGCUCAAUAGGACUACUCUCCUCGCGCUGGAGUCCAGACGGACGUCACGUUCUCAACACUACUGAGUUCCAUCUGAGAAUCACCGUCUGGUCCCUGUGCACCAAAGCUGUCUCUUACAUCAAGUAUCCCAAAGCAUGUCAGAAGGGUAUAGAUUUCAGCAGAGAUGGCUGCUAUAUGGCUUUGGCUGAACGCCGUGACUGCAAAGACUAUGUUAGUGUGUUCGUGUGUGAUGACUGGCAUUUACUCAGGCAUUUUGAGACUGAGACACAGGACCUGGCAGGGUUGGAGUGGUCUCCCAAUGGCUGUGUGCUGGCAGUAUGGGAUAGCUGUCUGGAGUACAAGGUGUUGCUGUACUCUCUGGACGGCCGGUUGCUGUCAACCUACAGUGCCUAUGAGUGGUCGCUGGGUAUCAAGUCUGUGACGUGGUGCCCCAGCAGCCAGUUCCUGGCCAUUGGCAGCUACGAUGAAAAAGUGCGCAUCCUCAAUCAUAUCACAUGGAAGAAAGUCACACAGUUUGAGCACCCAGCAACCAUCAACAACACAAAAGCUGUUGUGUAUAAGGAAGUGGAGCGAAGGCCAGCUGUUGGCAGUGAUGACCUUUCGCUACACAACAUUACAAUUGGCACCACCCUCUUCAACACCCAGAGCAAAUACGAGAUCUGCCCACUGCCAGUCCAACUUCCUGUGGUCAAACCGGACCCAGACCGAGCCAACCCCAAGAUCGGAGUCUCUACUUUGGCAUUCAGCUCAGACAGUCGCUAUCUAGCCACCAAAAACGACAACAUGGCCAGUGUUGUCUGGGUGUGGGACAUGCAGAAGAUGAGCCUGGAGGCCGUGCUUGAACAGACCUCGGCUGUGCGUUGCUUUCAGUGGGAUCCCCAACGCCCCCGGCUGGCGCUGUGUACAGGCAACACCAAACUCUAUCUCUGGUCUCCAGCAGGCUGCGUCUCCGUCCAAGUCCCCACUGAAGGUGGUUUUCAGGUCCAGUCAUUAAACUGGCACUGCAGUGGAGACUCUCUGAUCCUCCUUGGAAAGGAGCAACUGUGUUUGUGCUACAUGGACACUGACCAGGAAGACAAGUAAAGCACAUAAAAACAUAGUUGUCAAGAAAAGUUUAGGCUUAUUUAGACACAAAGGAAUGUGUUCCGGUGAUGACCAAAAGACUGGUGGGAAGACUCAAAAUAUCAACUUUCAUAUGUUGAAAUUGUUCACCAGGUUUUUCAGGACCUCAGUGCAGGUUGCUGGGAUGUUCCUUUUCUAGUGAAGUUGAAAACAUGGAGAACCUGACAACAUUCCCUCUGAGAGACGUAGAAUGAAUAAAUAUCACUUUUUAAAUAACCAAAUGCGUACUGAAGCACUAGUUUCAAACACUGUGACAAGACAUGUCUACAAAGUUUUAUAGCUAUCACUGUACUUUUAGUAAGUAUUUUGUAUGUUAUACCUUGAAAUUGUGUCAUUGUUUUUGAAUACAUUUUGUCAUAAAUAAAAUUUGUGCAUCUUAAUCUUUCAA